AACCGAGAGAUAUAAACUAUUCUAAAGUGAAAACAUUUCUUAGGAACCGUCACAUGGUUCUCUGGACAGUGGAGUGAUUCUAAGUAGAUAACAUUGUUCACACGUUCAGGAAUUACCAGCAGCGCAGUUUCACCCGCUGGAGGCAACUGGACAAGAUUCUGUGAAGACAGUACAGGUCCUGCAGAAGCGACCUUAAGAUGACAUCGAAGACAACACUCAUUGCAUGUCUUGCGCUCCUAUUGGCGGCCGUUGCACAAUGUGCAGUUGUGUCGCCACGUCUCGAAGAAGACAGAGGUGAAGAGAAGGGGUUUGCGGCUGCUGUAGUGGAACACAUCGCUGAGGAGAAAACGAAAGAAGUUGGCGUACUGGCACAAAGAACAGGAUUCGUGCUGAGCCAGCUAGGUAGUGACUUGGAACAACUUGCACAGGAGGAGAGAAGUGCUGCCACAUACGGAUUUUGGAAAAACCUUGGAAAGAAAAUAAAACGCGCUUUCAAGAAAUCGUGGCCAUCGUUGAAAAAAACCGUCCUAAAAGUAGCGGCAGGAGUCCUAAAAGAGAAGCUUGCAGAGUAUCUGUCAUCCCAGUCGCUCAGAGAAGAAAACUUCGGCGACCUCGUAUCGUCACUGGGCAGGAGCGUCCGUAACCUGGGCGACGACCUCACGCGCGAGGGCGUACAGAUUCUUGACGGUGUUGCUCUGGACGGAAAACUCACUGAAGCCGAACAGGAAUUCGUCUCCACUGCUGUUCAAGCAUUCAAGAAAGAAUGAAUCGUCGUUAAACGCAACAGCUUAUUGUAACAUAUAUGUAAGAUAGAUGCUUUUUCUGUAAUAUACACGCGCAUUAAAAAAAUAAAAUAACA